AAUGACAAGGAAUACGAGAUUACAGCGCUCAAAGGGAAUUUCUUCCAACCAGGAAAUGACAUACAAGGAAUACACCUAGGGAAUAGUAAAAAAAGAUUGAUUUUAAACUGAAUUUGCAGAAGAAGGACUUGACUCGAAGCCGUUGAAGAACAGCAACUGAACCUUUUGACUAAGUUAUUGAUCAGAAACGUGAGGUUAUUCUCGCGGUGUGGGUUUAUCAAUAUAUUUGUGCCCGAACAACGCUUUGUGUAGGCUAUGAACAACACUCAAUUAUCUGAUCAACGAUAAAAGACGUUUCGGAUACUUUUAUAAACAAUUCAAAUAAAAAAAAUAGGCUACUGUGGUUAAUUUGCGGUGGGUUCGGUCCAUUGACGAAUACGCUCGGAAGUCCAUCCUAUGGCAGGUUAAUAUUAUAUUAUGUUCUGCCGCUAGAGCGCCCGCCCAUCGACUCCGAUUGUUUUUUUGUUGUUGUAGCGAAGCAGUGAAAGGAGAUUGAUUUUACUGAACGCGUGCGUUUGGAUAGCGCUAUCUCCCCGGAGGAAGAGGAAGCCCACUGAAAUUAAGUAUUUUAUGUACAUUCUCAGCAGAAGGACUUUACGUAUUUAUUUUACAUAUUGAUCCGAAAAAAUCUUGAUGUUGGCAAAAUUCUAAAUAGCGCACUAACAAAGCAAGACAUCCACACGCUGGACUUUCCCUGCUGAGGUGGUUUGUCAUUCUACAGCGAAGGGCCGCCGCAGUCUCUCUGUCGGAUGCGUAGGAAAGGAAGAGGGGUCAGGGUACGCGUCUUUUAUGGGUACAUAUCGUCAUUGACGAAGGUGAUACAGAGAAACGACACCCGAGUCUACCAAGCCCCGCAUUUAGCGGAUCUCAGUCUCAAGUCAACCCACCAGGUUCGAUCCCGGUGGGCACCAGACCUACCCGUCCGUCGCCCGCACAGGUGGUCUGCCAUAGAUCCCAAAAUUUCGGCCUCAAAACAGACCAAAGUUUUGCCUUGCCAAACGGAUUAUAGGAACGGUGUCUGAGGGGAGAGAAAGACGGAAGACAAUGGGCAUCCGCACGCUCCUUACUGCGUGUGCGCUGCUUGCAGGUGUGAGCGUGGCACAGAGGGUUGUGACCGUUCAGAGCGGACCGCUGGUACGGACGGAGGGCAGUCACGUGACCAUCUGGUGCAACGUGACCGGCUACAAGGAGGGCAUGGAGCAGGACUUUGAGUGGUCCAUGUACCUGACCUCUGUGCCCGACCGCGAGAUCCGCAUCGUGAGCACGGCCCAGUCCAACUAUGCGUACGCGGUGUACGCCCAGAGGGUCAACAGUAAGGAGAUCUGGGUCGAGAGGCUGACCAGGGACUCAGCCCUGCUCCACAUCACCAAGGUCCAGGCCAGAGACCAGGGGCUGUUUGAGUGUUACACCCCCAACACAGACGGACAGUACCUCGGCUCCUACAGCGCCCGCACCAACCUCACCGUCAUCCCCGACUCCCUCACCGUCGCCGCGCCGCCACAGACCCUCUCCCAGGUGGAGGGAGACACGCUCCAGCUCAGCUGUGAGGUUUCCCGGGCGACGGAGCAGCACACACACCUGUCUGUGGGUUGGUACCUGCGCUCCCCAGAAGACGCUGUCGCCCCACCCCUGGAGAUCCUCACUCUGUCCCGGGACUUUGUCCUCCGGGCCGGCGGGCCAUACAAACAGAGGAUGAUCUCAGGAGACCUGAGACUGGAUAAGACCAGCGCUACGUCCUACAGGCUGACCAUCCACCGGCUGCAGCCUGCUGACCAGGGCCUGCUCUACUGCCAGGCUGCAGAGUGGAUCCAGGACCCCGACCGCAGCUGGUUCGCCAUGACCCGCAAGCAGGCCGACAAGACCCAGCUACGUAUACAGCCCACUGAUCGGGACUUCUCUAUCCAGGUGAGCACGGAGCGGCGGUCCUUCACGGCGGGCGAGCCGCUGGAGCUACGCUGCACCAUCGAUGCCCAGAGCGUGCCCGAGCGCUUCUUCUCGGUGUCGUGGGUGUUCAGCAGCUCGUCGGUUGCCGUGAUAGGGCCUAGCGCUGUGCCCGUCCUGGGACCCGACUAUGUGGGGCGCGAGGCCGCCGGUCACAUGACCGUGCGUAAGGAGAGCCCCGCCGUGCACCUGCUAAAGUUGCAGCGCCUCCGACCAGAGGAUGCUGGGAAAUACAUCUGUAGAGUCACGGAGAGGGAGAAGACACCCACUGGGGACUUUAUAGACCGGAGCAAGAGGUCACGCAACGUCCAGAUCACCGUCCAGCCCAUCAAGAGUAACGUCACAGUGUCUUUGUCCAGUAACUCGUCAGAGGUCCAGGAGGGGGACGUGGUCCAGCUGACCUGCUCCAUCCACUCCACCACGGGUCCUCUCUCUGUGGCCUGGCAGUGGAGUGAGAAGCAGGGCUCCACCUCUCCCCAGGACCUGGUCUCCGUAGACCGCGACGGGACCGUCCGACCAGGCCCUGGGUACCGUGAGCGCUCCAGCUACGGGGAGAUCCGGGUAGAGAGGGUACGGGAGGACAUCUAUACGCUGUCCCUAUACAACGCCCUGCCUGGGGACGAGGGGCUGUACCGGUGCACGGCCACAGAGUGGGUGGAAGCCGGGACUGAGCCAGAGCAGAGCUGGGAAAUAAUAGGAGAGAAAUCAGCCACCAAGACCAUUACUGUUAAGACUGUGGAAUCCUCCUUCGUGGUGUCGGCGUCGUCACGGACGCCUAGUGUGACCUUUGGCGACUCGUUUGAUCUCCAGUGCCUGGUCAAGCCCCGCCAUAACCCUCGUGUGCCCGCUUCCGUCACCUGGCGCUUCAUGCCCUCCAGCUCGGGUUCUGCCGGCGAGGGUGGUGAGGGUGGCGCAGUGGGCGAGUUCCGAGACCUGGUGACAUUUACCCGAGAGGGCACGCUGCAGUGGGGCGAGCAGCUGCUGGGCCAGGGCACCCGCACCACCGUGGACCGUUCCCAUGCCAACACCAACUUCAGGUUGUCUGUGACGCGAGCUGGGCGUAGGGAGGCGGGGACAUAUCAGUGCUCUGCCCUCCUCUGGAGGAGGAACUACGACAACACCUGGAGCAAAGUGGCCAACAGGACGUCCAACCUGCUAGGGAUCAGCGUGUUACAGCCAGUGAGUAAGCUGCGGGUGCAGAAGACCAACCAGUCCCUGGUCUACCUGGAAGAUAGUCGUGUGCGUGUUAACUGCUCCGUGGCGUCCCAGACCAGCCAAGACUCCCAGCAUGCCGUGCUCUGGUAUGUGCGCCGUGCGGCAGGUGCUGAGGCCGAUGAACUACUGCUGAGGAUUGAGCGCUCGGGUGCGUUUGAAUAUGGCGCGUAUGCGGACGAGGAGAGGUUGAGGCGACGGGUGCAGGCUGAGAGGCUGUCGCCACGGCUCUACGCGCUGACACUGAACAGGGCAGAGAGCAGCGACUCUGGGACGUACUACUGCCUGGUGGAGGAGUGGCUCACAGACCCAGACGGAGCCUGGUACAGACUGGCACGGGACUCCUCAGGAUUCACACAGGUCCUAGUCAGACAACCAGAGGUGCGGUUGCAGGUGGAGGAGUCGGAAUCUAACAUCACUGUGUCCCAGUCUGGUUCCAUCCGGUUGGGCUGCAGCAUCCCUUCCCAGUCCUCCCGAGACUCCCGCUUCUCCGUGUCCUGGUACGUGGAGCGCCCCGAGGAGGAAGAUGAAGAAGAGGAAGACCAGUUGUGUGUGUUCUCCAUUGGACACGAUGCCGUGUUCGGGAACGGGAACUGUAGCCCCACCGAGGAGGCGGGGCCUAACUCACGUCUGCAGUUUGAGAGGACAACCUCUGACCUCUACAGCCUGACCAUCCAGGGAGCACGGCCGGCUGACACGGGGCGCUACUACUGUCACGUGGAGGAGUGGCUGCUCAACCCCCGCAAUGCCUGGUAUCGCCUGGCGACCAACAACUCUGGUGUCACCAUCGUCACCGUGAUCCAGCAGGUCUCCACACUGCAGUCGGGGGUGUGUUCCAAUGACUCUCUCUUUUAUUUUAUCUUCUUCUACCCGUUCCCCAUCUUCGGCAUCCUCCUCAUCGCCGUGCUCCUGGUGCGCUAUAAGAGCCGUAGCCACAGCAAGUCCCAGGAGGGCAAGAACGGCGCCCCCUUACUGUGGAUCAAAGAACCCCACCUCAGCUACUCGCCCACCUGCCUGGACCCACCCGCCCUCAGCCUGCACCCUGGCUCAGUGGAGUAAGGAAGCAACUCAUAACCCUCCUCCACCCCGUACUCAUCGAGGAUCCAACCAAUACCACGCCAGGGAGGGUCUACUUCGGACCUCCACCUGACCAACCACUGCUGUGUCCAAGCUGUCAGUCAAUCUGUUCGUCCAUGUAUAACCCCCCCCCCGUGGUUGCCCCGGCUGUGCUGGCUGCCUGUCUGUGAGAUACUCUGCAGCAGCCCUGUCGUGUGUGUGUCUCUGUGGAAAAGUGUGUAGCCGUGUGUGUGUUUGGAAGUGUGAGUGUAUGUAUCUCUCGCUCUCAUCUUCUCUUCGUUCAGUGAAAAACAUAGCUAUAGUCAUUUUUCUUUUUUUUAAUUCUGUUUUUCAACAGAUAUCUGCUAGAAUGAUACAAUCUGGGAACGAGAAAAUGACUAGUCAAGGACCCUAUAUGGGCAUACUGUUCUGUACUGAACUGAGGAUGUAGUGAGGAUAAUAAGGAAUCUCUCUCUGUGCUCGUUUGACUUAGCACUGAACUCAGAUCAGUCCCUGCCUGGCCUUAUACCUUGGUUACCAUAGCGAGGGCCCUUUUCAAACUGACUCCAGCGCUGUGGACUAGACUCCCACAAAAACACACAAAGACAAUUAGAAGAGAUGUGUGCGUGACAAUGUGAAAGUGUGUGUGUGUUCACCCACCUGUCUCCUCAGUGUGUUUGCCUUGGCAGACAGAGACAGACCUAGCGAGCCCAUUGAACAUUGCCAGACACUAGGCAUCGGUGUGAAUGCACACCUCUUCUCCUCCUCUCCAGAGUGAGAACGAGGGAAAGAGAGAAGGAAUGAGGAUAAAUGAACAUAUUUUUGACAUGAGGGAUAUUUCAGUGCCAAGAACUUAUUCCAGGCUGUCCUCUGCAACAAAUGUUUGAAGUUUAAAGGGGUGAGCAAAGCCGAUUGGUUCCGAGGCACUCUGUAAAUAUGGCUGCCGACCCCAUGCUGGGGGAUUAUAGGCCUUGUAGGCAGAAAGGGCGAUUUUUACGCUUAUGUUAAACCCGUUGAGUAGUUUCUGCAUAAAUGUAUUGACACAGUGGGAUUUAUUGACUGAAAUGAAAUUCUCUGCCAUUUCAUACGCUGUCUGCUAUUACUACCACAUGCUGUCUUUAAUAGACAUGAAUUAAUGGGUACAAGCUGUGCAGCUCUUAGAAAUUCCUGUAGAGGGGGAGCUGAGCCACAAGACAUAUCAUCACUAGAGAUGUGUGUAGAGGUUAAGCACAUGCAUAUUAAAACACACACACGCACACACAACCAGCUCUUUGGACAACGUGUAGAGAAAACAAAAGCAUCCCCAAACACAGAUUACCAACACACCAUGAGAAUUAAUAUCAUGUCUGAUUUUAUUUGGAUUUUUUGUACCUUCAUUUAUAUAUUUUUGUUAUUUUAUACUGUUUUGCAUAGUUCAUGUACAUGUCUUUUUCGAAUUCUCCAAGUACUGCUCUUUGACUUGUGUUGCCAGGCAACCACACCACACAGAUACAAAGUCAUGAUAACAUUGGGCGUCCAUAGUCACAGGCACUGAAAUGUCGUAGAUCUAGAAAUGCUAGAUUAAUUUGUUCUGCGCAGUCAGUGGCAUCACAUUGAAGAUUUAUGUUUUGGCCAGUGUGGACACAGUUAUUAAAUGCUCGAUACCUGUAUUGGAAACCUAGCAGCUUUACUAUAGGAUGUACAGUAGAUUAACAGCGAGAGUCACAAAAUGAUCCACUUUAAGCUUUUGCUCGUCUUGUUUAUUUAUUGAAAUGUACCGUGACACCUAGUUAGGAUGUGUGAGCUUCAUAGAAAUGCAUUAGACUGCCAUUGAUGACUGGACCGAAGCCGGCCUCUCGUGGACUGUGGAUGUUUCCCCCUUCCCUACAGUACACUUGGCAGAAGGGUUAGGAAUCAGUCACAUUCCCAUAGUAUGGAACGGCCGGGAGAGGAAGUGUGACAUUCCUGUUCCGUAAAAUAACCCUUUCACUGCCAGACUGCUGAAAGCUCUCGUCAUUCUCUUCUCAAUCGUGUCGAAAUGUAUAUUGCAUGACAAUAUUGCAGGAAGCGUUUUGAUGUUUUGUAACCUUCAAACUUUUUAGCGUCGUGUUUGUGUGACCGAGCGAUGCCAAGCCCUUCACUUCCUGUGCCAAGUGUCAGACGGAUCUACAGAAUAGGAAGUCACUUUGAACAGCAUAUUUAUGGGGGAGGGAGAACAACUUUUUGGUUGUUUCUAUUCUUUUCCAUCUGCCAUUCAGAUCCUGAGAGCGCGGAAGGCCUCAUCACCUGCAUUGGUUGACAGCUAUAGAACAAUGCUUUCAUGUGUGUAGCUGUAGCACCAGGCUAUGUUAGCAGGUUAGGUCAGCAGCGUGAUAUUUACUUAUUCGCGCUAGGCUAGAUCUAUCCAUCAUUGGGUUAGACGUGUUGUUUUUAGGCAGUUGAAAGAGCAGCUCAUGCCAACUGUGCUCAACCCUGUCACGAACCCAAGACGCUAAGAUAAGAUCUGGUCCAACAUCUGCACAGAGGUGGACCCUCAUUUUUAAACUUCAACCAUUUUUCAUUGGUUUUGCCACAAUUCAGUGAUAAGGAAAUCGGCAAAUCCCUGAGCAGCAUGCAGGAUCUCUGAAUCUAAACCAGGAAGUGGAGGGGUGCGGCUUUGGUGUGUUGUCACAGUGCCACAGUGCGUAAUUGGAGCUGUGUUGUACUCUGAACGGUGUUUUUGUAGUAAUCAACAUCCUUAGACGAAAUCCUAAAUGCUCUCCAGACGCUCCGACAGUGUUGUAGCUGCGUUCCGAGGGCUGCAUGCAGUGACUGUGGCUCCAGAUUUAGCUGGAAAAUUACUUUGUGGUGAAGUGUUCAGUUCAGCCAGUGCUGCUUUUUUCCAGUGAUGUAUUUUUGUUAUUUUUCCAAGUCUAUGAUAAAUGAUAGUGCACUGAAAUGAAAAGGCCAUAGCUUUUUUUAGACGCUUAUUGUGUUUUCGUGUAUAUGACAUGUUUUUGUUGAUUUUUAUUCUGAUAUAUAUUCUAUUGAAUAGUAACCACUGCUAUCAUUCAAAAGGCACUUUGCUAUUCUGUCAGUUUAUUGCAAUAAAAACAUGUUCAGUGCAA